AGUCUAGUGAAUGUACAGAAAUGAAAGCAAAACGAGACUCCAAGAUGGGUGACAAAAGCAAAACAAGCUAGUUAACUUACCAUAUCUGAAUUAUCUCCAUUUGCAGUGAUCGCCAAGCUCAUCCUUCACUGCCGUCUGAUUUGUGCGGUCAUCUGCCGGGAUCGUGUGACGGAGGAUGCUGGAGGGUGCUACGGCAUGGCUCACUUUGACACAGAAUACCAACGUCUGGAGGCCUCCUACAAUGACUCCCCGCCCGGAGAGGAGAACCUGCUGGUACAUGUGCCAGAGGGAUCUAAAUCCCAGUGGCAUCAUAUAGAGAAUCUGGACCUUUUCUUCCAGAGAAUAUAUAAUUUGCAUCAGAAAAAUGGCUUCACAUGUAUGCUGCUGGGGGAAAUAUUUGAGCUUGUGCAAUUGGUAUUUGUCGUUGCUUUCACUGUGUUUUUGGCAAAUUGCGUGGACUACGACAUCUUGUUUGCCAACAAAUUGGUGAACCACACUGACUCGGCGAAGGUGACACUUCCAGAUGCUUUUCUGCCUGUGGACGUCUGUAGUGCCAGGAUUCGCGACAACGUGUUUGUCAUCUUCAUCCUCGUCAUCUCCGGAGUCUUCUGGCUCCACCGACUUGUCAAAUUCAUAUACAACAUCUGCUGCUAUUGGGAGAUCCGCUCCUUCUACAUCAACGCUCUGAAGUUGUCUAUGGCCGACCUCCCGUACUUUACAUGGCAGGAGGUGCAGGCACGCAUCGUGGAGAUCCAGAAGGAGCACCAGAUCUGCAUCCACAAGAAGGAGCUAACGGAGUUGGACAUCUACCAUCGCAUACUGCGGUUCAAGAACUACAUGGUGGCCAUGAUCAACAAGUCCCUGCUGCCCAUCCGCUCCCGCCUGCCCUUCCUAGGUGACGUCGUCUUUUACACACGUGGGCUCAAGUACAACUUUGAGCUGAUCUUCUUUUGGGGCCCCAGCUCGCUUUUCGAGAACGAGUGGAGCCUGAAGACGGAGUACAAGCGGGGCGGCAGCCGGCUGGAGCUGGCCGACAGACUGAGCUCACGCAUCCUGUGGAUCGGCAUCGCCAACCUGCUGCUGUGCCCCGUAAUCCUCAUCUGGCAGAUCCUCUACGCCUUCUUCAGCUACACGGAGGUAAUCAAGCGAGAGCCGGGCAGCCUGGGAGCCCGCUGCUGGUCGCUCUACGGCCGCUUCUACUUGCGGCACUUCAACGAGCUGGACCACGAGCUCAUGUCCCGCCUCAGCAAGGGCUACAAGGCCUCUUCCAAGUACAUGAACUGCUUCAUGUCGCCGCUGCUCACGGUGGUCGCCAAGAACGUCGUCUUCUUCGCCGGCUCCAUCCUGGCGGUGCUCAUCGCCCUCACCAUCUACGACGAGGACGUUCUGGCUGUAGAGCACGUCCUCACCAGCAUCACCCUCCUGGGGGUCUGCAUCACUGUCUGCCGCUCCUUCAUCCCAGACAAACAUCUGGUCUUCUGCCCAGAGCAGCUGCUCAAAGUCAUUCUGGCACACAUCCACUACAUGCCGGACCACUGGCAAGGCAACGCCCACCGCUAUGAGACCAGGGAUGAGUUUGCCCAGCUGUUCCAGUACAAGGCCGUGUUCAUCCUGGAGGAGCUUCUAAGUCCCGUGAUCACACCCUUCAUCCUCAUCUUCUGCCUCCGCCGCAAGUCCCUGGAGAUCAUCGACUUCUUCCGCAACUUCACCGUGGAGGUGGUGGGCGUGGGCGACACGUGCUCCUUCGCCCAGAUGGACGUCCGUCAACAUGGGCACCCCGCGUGGAUGUCGGCGGGGAGAACGGAGGCCUCCAUCUACCAGCAGGCAGAGGACGGCAAGACCGAGCUGUCGCUCAUGCACUUUGCCAUCACCAACCCUCGCUGGCAGCCGCCCCGCGAGAGCACGACCUUCAUCAGCCAGCUGAAGGAGAAGGUGCAGCGGGAGGCUGCCUGUGGCCAGCAGGGCGUCCUCCACGAGAACCACAUCCUCACCUCCACGCAGUCUGAGUCGGAGCCCCACAGCCUGAUCGCCAACCUCCUCGCCGGCCCCCCCCCUCUGGGGUCUCUCCAUCUGGGCCGGGACGCUUCGGUGAGCAACCACGCGGUGGACGUGGGCCUCAUGGAGGGGACCUCCGCCCUGCGCUCUUUCUCUCCUCUCAGUGGCAGCCAGCACCUGCGAGGCAGCUUCGCCUCCACCCGCCUGCCCCGUGGUGACGGCGCCGCCCUGGUGGGGGGCAGAGCCAUGGCCGGGUCCGGAGCUGAUGCCCGCACUGCAAGCUCUGGCAGCAGCGCCUGGGAGGGCCAGCUGAACAGCAUGGUCCUAUCAGAAUAUGCAUCCACUGAAAUGAGCAUCCACGCCCUCUACAUCCAUGAGCUCCACAAGCAGCAGUCACGGGGGCAGCUGUCCCGUCACACGUGGCACAGGCGGGACAGCGACGAGAGCAGCGAGGGUGCUCCCGACGACAAUGAAGGACUGCGCAACUUUCCCCGGUCCAACACCUUCCCUUGUGCUACCACACCCCACCAAGAGGGGGCGAUGCUGCACAACACCGGUCAGCGCCGCUAUGGUGGAACCACUGAGUCUGUGAGCGGGGGCCUCCGGUCGGCGCCGAGGCUUCCCCGGAUACCCAUGGGCGGCUGGGCCGAGGAGGCCCAAGCAGGCCGGCACCACGACCCGGUACCGGAGGAGGAUGAGCUGCCACCACACAUCCAGAAGGUGACAUAACCCAUAUACAUCACUGAUUGUUGCUCAUGGGUUCUGCGCCCUUCCCCAGAACUGACACAUGGAGCUUCACCUGAGACAAACGCUUGCACUGAACCAAGGAUGUCGCAGUGCCUCUCUGUGUGCGACAUUCUCUAGCCUCAUGAGACAGACUUUACAUCAUAAUAAAACAUCCUGUGGAGAAGCAGAAGGCCAGUACCACACCUACCUGGAUUAAUGCCCGGCCGUUUUAGCCAAGAGGAAGAGGAAACUGACCAUUUUUUUUAAGACCUUGGAAAGGGUCAGAGGAGAGCGCAAUGAGAUCUGUUAACCUGCAACCCAGAAACUUCUCCCACACGAACGGCUGUGCAAUUUUUAAUGCUGCCCUCUUUAGUGAAGGAGCUUUGACCGGAUGUCCUGAAAACAUUACAAAAAAAACAUAUAACAUAAAUAUUUAAAGAAACAGCACAGUAGACUGCAGAUUCUGGUGAAUGUAGGAUUUAAAUACUGUCAGUAAUGUGGGAUGGGACCUUUACCUUUGACAUGAUGGAGAGUCAGGUGCAGGGGAGGUUUAUGUGGAGGUAUGUGCGUGUGUCUGUGCGUGUGUGUGUGUGUGCGCGCGCAUGUCUGUGUGUGUGUGUGUGCGUUUGUGUGUGUGUCUGUGUGCGCGUGUGUGUGUGCGUGUCUGUGUUUGCGUGUGUGCACGUGUGUGUGUGUGUGCACGUGUGUGUGCGUGUGUGCAUUUUACCAACUGGCGCUCUGUCACACUGACGAAACUCCUUACUACUAGUUAUUCUCACUGACUGGUGUGUUUGUCCCGCUUUUUUGCACUUUGAUGAAAUAUCUCUGGAAAGAUUUUUAUUUUCAAAAAAGGACAGCAGGGAAGGUCAGGAAUGACAUGAAGACAAACUUUGCCAAUGGCAAAUAAUUGUAAAAAUAUAUAAUGUUCAUAAAAAACCUUGUGAAUUCAGCAUGUACUGUUCAUAUUAGUCCGCUGAUCUUAGACUGAUUUUGCUGUUGUUUGUGGGCCUGUGUCAUUAUUUCUCCAAAUUUUAAAGAUAGUGCUGAUUUGAAAACCACUACAGUUAUUUAUUCAACUUAAAGUUGUUUCAUAUUGAUAGCUUUGUUUGCAUCUCUAUUUAAAAUACUAAGACUGUCAGGCAGGUCAUGGUGUUUUAUGGAGACACAUGUUGCUAGCAGAAUGCACAUUCGCUCAUUUUUCUCUAAAUAUCUUUCAGGUUUUUCAUUGUAAGAAACAACAUUUAUAGAGGGUGUGCAAGUAUUUAUACAAGUAACAAAAAUAUAUUCCAGAGAAACAAACACAAAAAUACAAAAUGCUCACUGCAAACUCAAAUCACUGAGCUAAACUGAAGUGUAUGAAUCCACCCCAACACAUCUUAACAUAUAAAACAAAAACUGGCAAACCCAGAUUAGCCAUAAUUGUUGCAAUCAAACCAUAUGAUCAUAAUGCAUCGUGGUAAAAAAGUGCAUAAGGUCAUCCCUAAAAACAGACUUUAUAUUUUCUGUUUGCCACAUUUCAAUAAAAAUGUACUUCAUGUAAUUUAGAUAGAUAACAAGAAGCUGUUGUGCGGCACAUUAAGCCCAGCCUACUUGUCAUGAUAUCUGGGGUAUUUAAUUAGGACAUUUAAAAUACCUAAAGAAGUUCUGUGGUAUAGCUAUUGUGUGGAGAGAACCGAGCAAAUACAACGAGAAGCAUAAGCACACAAAGUAAUAAAUAUUCUACAAAGUUACAAGGAAUUAUGGGAAAAUGGGAACAAUUAAAUAAUUUCAUGAGUUGUGUAUAUGGGAACUGUUCGAAAAAUACUGUCGUCUUGUAGGCUUACGACUAUCUGGACUACUCUUAGGUUUGUGUUUUUUCAUGCUUUUCCUAAACUGCUUAAAAUGAGUGUUCAAAGGCCUUUCUGUGAAAACCCCCGCUUUUUAAGGUUCCCGUUGUGGCGAAACCCAUUUAUUUUCCAGAUGAAACGCGCGGCUGCAACCUUGGCAGUUAGUGAUUCCCAUCAGCCUGAUUCAAAUACGCUUUUAAGGCAUCAAAUGUCAGUUCCAACAGAACUGCGCAUAUAUGCAUUUGUUGUUUUUUUAUAGAUUUGAAUUAUUUAUAUUACUCGUUUUGUACAGCUGUAAAUCCAUUAAUAAAUUGUAAGUUUACUAAGCAGA